AUGGAGGUGGAUGUGAAUGUGACCGACAACUUCACCACAGCCGAUGCAGAGGUCUUCGCGACUACGGCCACCACUCUUUUUUACAAUCCUCUAGAGGAAUCGCCUUGGAGUGAACACAACUACUUCCUUGAAAAUGCUACUACACUGAACGCCUUUCGUCCUCCCUACUCCCUCUCCCUCUUGGCGGCCUGGCAACCGCGGCAUGCUGUGCACUACAUCUCCGUUCUUCUCAUCAUCACCACCGUUCUGCUUCUGCGUGUCUUCAACAUGGUCAUCCGUCGCCUCAUCACCACCGCAGUGCCCGAGUCCCUCGUUGCAAUCUGUGUGGGAGUCGGCAUCGGUUGGCUCCUCAAGUCCCUCCACAGCCCUCAUUGUUGUUUGUGGGCUCUCACUCCCACGCUCUUCUUUAUGAUUCUCCUGCCUUUUUGCGUCUUUGACGCCUCCUACAACCUCUACAAUCGAGCCUUCGGGGAUUGCAUCGGUGCCAUCAUUGUUUACGCUCUCUGCGCCACCGUCUUGAACAUGAUCAUCAUCGGUUGCCUUCUGGCGGGUGCCGAAAUUGCCGGUAUAUUCAAGGCCGAGGGUCUCGUUUUUGGCACUCAAGUGCUUAUGCUCUACGCUUCACUAAUCGUGGCGGUGGAUCCCGUCGCCGUGUUGAUGGUAUUCCAUGAAAUUGGUGUUGAUCCAAACCUCUACUUUUUGGUGUUGGGAGAGUCCCUUCUUAACGACGCGGUUACUGUAGUGCUCUACAAAAUUGUGGUCAACUUUCUAGGUCGAGAUGAUGUCACUGCACGUGACAUACUCAUUGGAAUUGCUGCCUUCUUUAUCAUCAACGCAGGUGGAAUUCUAGUCGGUCUGGUGUUUGGAGUCAUCUCCUGUCUCAUGACUAGGAUUCAGACUCAUUUGGAGAUUGUUUACCUCUUUGCCGCCAACUAUGCUGCCUACCUCCUGAGUGAUGUGCUCGGAUGGUCGGGUCUGGUAGCAAUGAUCACCUCAGGAAUGAUUCAAAGUAGCUACGCCUUCCACAAUCUCAGUGACGCAGACAAGGGCACGUGUCGAGCCAUGGCAAGGAUGUUAGCAGACCUCUGCGAAAGCGUGACCUUCCUGCUAAUCGGAGUGCACGUCACUUCAGGCAAGCUUCACUGGCACACUUCCUUCAUCCUUUAUCAACUAAUUGUAUGUCUCGUGGUUCGUGCAAUGGUGGUCUACGCUCUCACCUGGUGUCUAAACCGAUGGGAUGUCAAUUACGUGCAAAUCUCCAUCACAGAACAGUUUGUCCUCGCUUAUGGGGGACUAAGAGGAGCGGUAGCCCUCUCCCUUGUCUACAUGGUUGAUCCAAAACUGGUUGAUAGGGGACAAAGAGGGGUUCACGCCACCCUUACCACCGCAACUCUCUUCACCAUUCUCUUCACUGUCGCUCUCAUGGGUCCAACUAUGAAACCAUUGGUAAGACUACUUCGAGUGAAGCUGGCUAGCAAGAAGACGAUCAGCCUGAUGCGAGAACUCAACGAACGAAUGAUCGACGAGUUGAACUCGGGUGUGGAGGCUGUCACUGGUCAUAUGGGGCGGAACCGUCUACGCACCUGGUUCCAACGCGUUGAUGAGAAGUACAUUCGGUUAGUGCUUCAAAACACACCAGAGUUUCGCAAUCAAAAAAUUAUUAAAGUGUAUGAAGACAUGGCACUGGUGCUGCAUCAGGCCUCGUUAGAUCCGAAGCGAGCGGAUUUGAUUAUGGAGGAGUUACCGACUUCGGUGAAGGCGGCGUACCAUGCUCAACGAUUGGCGGAUAAGGUGGAAGCCCUGCGACAACUACGGAGGUCAGCGUUGCGUCGCGGCAGCCGCUAUCCGGGGGUGUCAAUGUACGACUACCAGCAUAUGAUUGAUGAGAAGAGGCGUGAAUUGAUGGAGUUAACAACGCCGGGUGGAGCGUCUCCGCGCUUACCACGACGGAAUGAGCCAGGAGGAGAUAAAAGAGUGAAAAAGCCUUUAACUAUAACCCAGACGACGGAGCAGGCGAGAACUCAGACGACUCCACCAACGCAAAAACUGCAACAACAGCUGCAGCACCAACAUCAAGCGAAGAGACAGGACGCAAACCGUCGACCCUCUUUAAGAUUUAAAAGGAGGAAGAUGGAGGAGGAAGGCGAGGAGGCUGUGAAACCACAACCUAGACAGUCACAUCAACCUCCUUCAGCUCCGUCAUCACCACCACCGCCUUAA